GGAAAUCAUAGUUUUAUUGGCUGUUGCGAAGUUGAUCUGAACAGUUUGAUCGGUAAGAACGAUCUGGAAUUUGCGUUGAUAAACGAGAAGAAAAGAAAGAAGAAAGCGUCAAAGUAUGUCAACUCAGGCCGUCUUAUCUUCAUGAGCGUCACAACGCACCGUAAUUUCUCCUUCAUCGAAUACAUCACUGGCGGAACACAACUCGAUUUUACGGUAGCGAUUGAUAUGACAGCCUCGAACGGUAAUGUGACUGAUCCGAACUCGUUACAUUUCAUCGGUGGCAGUCAACCAAAUGAGUACUACAUCGCCAUUCGCUCUGUCGCCGAUAUAUGCCAGUUCUACAAUAACUCAAAUACGUUCGAUGCAAUGGGUUUUGGUGCUAAAAUACCACCACAAAACUUCGUUAAUCAUUGUUUUCCUCUGAGGCAUCCAAGAAGAUUUCAGGCAUCAUCGUAUCGCCGAGACGGAAGCAGAUAUCAGAUUCUGUUAAUUAUCACAGAUGGUUGUAUAUUAGAUUAUGAUGAAACACUCAGUGCUAUUAUUGCGGCGUCUUAUUUACCGAUGUCCAUAAUAAUAAUCGGUGUUGGCGGUGAAAAUUUUGAUAACAUGGUAAAAUUGGAUUGCGAUGAUGGUAUUCUCAGUUUUCAAGGUAGGAAGGCUCAGCGAGAUAUUGUCCAGGUAAGAUAUUUCUCAUCCAAGCAACGAAAAUUUACGCACUCAUUUUUGCUACUCCACCGAACAAAUGUCAUUACUCAUCGUUUCAUCACGACUCAGUUGGUUACAAAAUUGACAGACAUUAAAUUGAAUUCAUUAACUGUUUUUCAGUUUGUUCCACUUCGUCAGUUCCUCUCAAAUCGAGGUUUACCAUCCAUGCAGUCUAUCAGCGGAAUGCAUGCCAGUGCUCAGUUGGCCAAAGAGGUCCUUGCUGAAAUUCCAGACCAGCUCACCAAGUAUAUGAAGUUGAACGAUAUUCAGCCAAGACCUGCGUCCGAUCCCUUCCCCGUAUCUGUACCGACACCUUAUCAUAAUCCAGCAGUGCCUACAGCGAAUAUUGGUGUCACGGGUGUACAAACCAGCUUUGGAUGGGCGAUACCGAAGCCGAGUGAACAGAUCGGUAUGGGAGGAGGGGGUUAUUCACCAAGUCAGUUUCCAUCAACAGCUCCGUACCCAACUGCCACUUCAUUACCACAGUAUCCAGCACACGUCCCAUCAGCAUCAACAGCACCUCCUUAUCCGACAAAACCUCUCAAUAUUGAAUUCAUGAAGUCAUCAUUCGACAGCGGAUCAAUGCAACCUGAACCACCACCAUAUCAAGACACCUCUCGAAUUCCGUUCGGUCAAACGUAUGUGAACGUGCAUCCUCCAAAUCGACCUCAACCCAGCGCUCCUCCACCGCCUUAA